AUGGCUUUUAUUUCGUGUUUAAGGAAUAAUGCAGUUGUGAAAUCACCGUUUUAUCAACGUGUUAGACCAAACUUGUUUCUCUCAAGGUGUUUCUUUACCUCGCCCAAGUCAUCAGCACUAUCCACACCGAUCGAAAAAUCAACAUACCAUACUUCAUCGAUUGUGGGUCGAUGGUUGUUGGGUCUUUCUGGAAUGACUUUCGGUGCUAUACUGCUUGGUGGAGUAACAAGAUUGACUGAAUCUGGCCUUUCGAUGGUUGAUUGGCAUCCAUUCAAGGAAGUGCCCCUUUUAGUGAAGAACAUUGGCAAUUAG